AUGACUUCUGCUGCUAAAGAAACCCCCGUACCUGAUGAAGCAUCCGAUCACCACGCAGUGGUAUCCACUUUUGAUCUUUUUUCCAUUGGUGUCGGGCCGUCCUCAUCUCACACUGUGGGUCCCAUGCGUGCCGCUAAGAUUUUCAUCGGUGAUCUAAAGGAAGCCAAUAUGCUAGAACGUGUUGCUAGCCUUCGUAUAGACAUGUACGGAUCAUUGGCUUUGACAGGCGAUGGUCACGGUACCCCUGAUGCCAUCCUGAUGGGCGUGGAAGGUGAAGCCCCAGAAAGCGUCGAAACCAGUACUAUCAAAUCAAGAGUUCAGGACAUUCAUACCAACAAGAGUCUUCGCAUUAACGGCACCCAUCGUAUCCAUUUUGAUCCAGAGAAGCAUUUGAUUUUCAAUUACUUUCAAAGCUUACCUCAACAUCCCAACGGUCUUCGCUUCUGUGCCUAUGACAAGGACACCAAUUUGAUUGCGACCAAUGAAUAUUUUAGUAUUGGAGGCGGGUUUGUGGUGAAUGACAAAACACAGAUGGACCAUGGAGAGAAUGUCUAUUACAAGCAAGAUUUCAGUGAAGAGGCAUCGUUGGCUGAUCGUCAACAACAAGAUAUCGCAGUGGCUGCCUUGCCUUUCAAGAAUGCUCAAGAGCUUUUGGAGGUGUGUAGGCGCGAGAACAUGACCAUUGCCCAGGUUGUAUUUGAAAAUGAGCUCAAGUGGAGAUCGGCUGAAGAGAUUCGAGACCGCCUGCUUAAGAUCUGGAAUACCAUGGAUGAAAGCAUUCGUAAUGGCGUUAUGGCUAGCACUCAAGCUUACCUCCCUGGUAAACUCAGAGUCAAGCGUAGAGCUCCCGGGCUUUAUAACAAGUUGCUCAAAGGACUUUAUGGCCCUAUCUCGGUCAAGCAGUACAACGACACUCAAAUCGCCCCAACCUCCAACCCUGUUUCUGAUCUAUCAAGCCAUACUACUCCGCAUACCGAAUCACCACUUUCAUUGUCAGUUUUGCCUAAGCGUGAGCGAAAGCGGUUCUUCUUACCCGCCCUCGACUAUCUUUCCGUGUAUGCUAUCGCUGUCAAUGAAGAGAAUGCUUGUGGCGGUCGUGUCGUGACAGCCCCUACCAAUGGCGCGGCUGGUACUAUACCCUCUGUUCUCAAGUAUUACCUAGAAUUCAUCAGUGAAAAUCCCGAACGAGAUGUCAUGGAAUUUUUAUUGACCACCGCUGCUAUUGGUAUGUUGUUCAAGCGUGGUGCCAGUAUCUCUGCCGCCGAAGUUGGAUGUCAAGGCGAAGUCGGCGUUGCUUGUUCCAUGGCUGCUGCUGGUUUUACAGCCGUCAUGGGAGGCUCAAUCGAUCAAGUGGAAAAUGCUGCAGAAAUCGGUAUGGAACAUAACCUUGGUCUGACAUGCGACCCAAUUGCUGGACUCGUUCAGGUCCCUUGUAUCGAACGCAACGCCCUUGCUGCUGUCAAAGCCAUUGCCGCCGCCCAGCUUGCUCUCAACGGUGAAGGCGAUCAUCGUGUCACCCUCGAUCAAGUCAUUGAAACCAUGCGCCAAACUGGUCUGGAUAUGAUGUCCAAGUAUAAGGAGACUAGUCAAGGUGGUCUUGCCGUCAAUGUGCCUGUCUGCUAA